AUGGAAACUCUCUUUGAAGUGCUUAUAAAGUAUCAAAGGGGUAAAGACAGAAAACUUCCGUGCAUAACGAGAUUCAUCAAGGCCAUUUUUGAUUCGACAUAUUACGUUAUUAACAAAACCACUGGCAGCGAUCCGGAAGAUGAAGACAAUCGUGUUAGCGUGGAUGAAGAUAAGGAUGGUGAUGGGUUUGAUAGUAAUGCUGAUGAGGAGGACUUCGUAGCUGGUGCUGAAAUGAUGACAGUCCCUCAAGAAGUUGUUGAAAGGGAUUUAUCAUCGAAGGAAAUUAAUGCUCUUGUCUCCGUUGUAAUGAUGCUCAGUGGUUCUGAAACCAUAAACGGUAAUGUAAAUCCUAACUACGUGAAAAAUCAAUUGUACAAGGACAAACAGGAAUCAAUACCUGAAGAAGCAUUGUCGCUAUGUGCAGCUAUUAUAAAUACUCUUCGCCGUAUUACCUUAAAACGAGAUGAAGAUGCAUCAUUUUUAUCAUGUUACAAGAUACGUCAUCUUCGUAAUGUACUUGUUCGUUUUUCGGGCAACAAAACCAAGUUUCGUGAAGUGCGAAUGUUCCCGUCAAAAGAUCAUAACCAGAAUCUCUCUGUUACUGUCAACUCUAUAACACUGUACCUGUUGUUUUGUAAAGAGUAUAACAUGUUUGAUGAACAGGAUGCGAUUUUCACGUCUUAUGCUGAUUUGGAAAGUGAUGAAGCUAAAAGUUCACUCUUUGAAAACUUUUUUGAUUGGGGUGCUAUAAAUCGCAUUCUUCGAGAGCAAAACCUGAAGCCCGGAUAUUUGUUCAAUUACACAAACCAAUAUGACCUGAAGUUUCUUGGUGAAAAAGUUCAAAAGAAAGAAACGGAAACAAAAAGUAGACAUGAUGAGAUGCCCGAGGACCAAACGGAGGAUCAAAAGUCUGAACUCUUCAAGAAUAAAAACGAUAUUGUGUCAGAGAUUAAUGAUCUAUACGGACACAUGAAAUCCGAAAAAAAAGAGUACGCAGAGUUAUCUAAACAACUUCAACCAGAAGAGUCAAAAAGAAUGGAUUUAGGAAGAUAUUUUCGUGCUCAAGAACGACAUAAGGUCUGGGAUGAUUACCUUUACCAAGACUUAAAAAAACAACGAUUGGUGCGGAAUAACAUCUACAAGUGA